AUGGAAGAGACCGAGUCCCAGCGGGAUACUAUCGUGGCGUGGCUGGAGCAGAAUGAUAACUUUCAGCGGGCAACAAUACUAUCAGGUCUCGUUGGAUCAAAACAAACUCGAAGUGAUGUUGAUUACCGCCAAGCCGAACAGACUGAGAGGCAGGCGUUAAAUGAUCUGGCAGCGGCAGUGAAUGCAUCCUUGCCUCGAUCCAUGUGGGACUGUGAAUAUGCCAAACAGAUGCUACAGCGCUAUUUGGCUCUGUUCAAGGCCACGGCGACGCAGGCUUCACAGCCAGGGUUUUCAUUAAGCCGUACUGACAAGGUUUUCGGUAUUAAAUCUAUUGAAGACAAACUUAACUCCAUGUGUCCACAUUUUAUAAGAUUGCAAGCGCUUUGCAAUAAGACGGCAAACAAUCUUUCAAGCGAAGAUGUCGAAAGAGAUCGAUGUGAAGAGAUAAACAAGGACAAUGCGCUCACUAAAGCCAAUACGGAUAGUGCACUUCGUCAAGACACAGCGAAGGAGACUGCAGGUCAAAGUAUACGCAAGAAUGACACACCGAGUUCAUCUGCAGCGGGAAUACAAAAUUCAAUCACGCAGAAUAGGGAUAUGGAGGAUGAUAGGUUACAAGAUAAUGGAUGUAGUCUUCGUCCGAGUCCGACAGAACAGAAAGGCGACGGUCAUGCGGAUAUAAAAAUACACGAGAGCACUAAACUGAACACUAUUAAAAAAGUGGCUCAGCCAAAUGGUUAUAAGCAAGCGGUGGUGACAACGUCGGAACAGCAGGAUCAGCAGACUAAGCUAACGACAGAGAAGGAAAAUGAACCGCUCGAACUUAUUGAGCUUGGAUCAGAUGAUGAAGAAAUUACAUCAGUGACCGCGAAAGCAACGUGUGUUGACGUGGGCUUUCGACUAAGAGCAUCGAAUUCGGCUAGCUGUGUUGAGGAUGCUUCAAAUAAGCUGAAGCUAAAACGCGGAAAUUCUUCCGAAAAGGCGCCAAAGUCAGUGCCUGAGAUUGACCAGUCCUCUGAAUCAGCAAACAGACCAACCAUGACAGCAGCUCGUAAGAACACUCUGAAAAGAAAAUUGUCAAGUUCUGGCAAUCUAUCUAACUCAGCAGAAAAAAUGUCGGGCGAUGUACCUACUAACGUGCCUUCGACGAGGUUAGUGUUAAUUCGACCGAAAUCGCAAAGUGAAAGUAAACUUCCGAACGGGUUGCGAUGUUCUCCAUCAUCGCAAAUGGUGAAUGCAACCUCCGGAGCUUAUUUGGGUGGACUGUCUUCAAAUGUCCAAUCCAACGUAACCUCUCCUGUGCAGCCACGACCUCAAGCUCCUGAUGCACUUCGAUCAGCUAUUGCACAGGUCAUUUCACAGCGACAGCACUUAUUAAGCAAGCGACGGGAUUGUCGACAAAAUAGACUGCCUGAUAAUAUAAACAGCGGUCCUUGUGACCAAGAAGAGGAAAAGGGAACGAGAAGCUCAUACCCAUCUAAGCAUCUUACUCAACAAAACGUAUCAACUGCUGCCAUUGAGUCGGCUGUUGACCAGAAUUCUCUAGCUGCUACGGACAAAAGUUCAAAAAUAUCUGUUCAGCAUGGAAAGACUAGCAAUGAAGGCUCACCUGCUGUCUCAAAAACUAUGUUGAACGAGGAAAAGGCCGGAUUUAUAACUGGCCACUUACCCCAACUCCUUCACAAGCCUCUUUAUGUAAACAAAGACAUAAACUUCGAACGAAAGCGAGCAUUCCUUCGCGCCAAGCAGCUCGCUUUCGAACAGUUUCGGUGGGUGCGCGAGAACGAAUUGCAGCAGCUCGAGGUGGAGUUGCUGCGACGCGAGAUGAGAACACGAGAGAAUCUUGCUCAGAUGGAAAUCAAACUCCAGCGUAUGCAUAUUCGAGCUGACAUUAUCCAGCGCAUGGUACUCGCUCAUGCAAGCGCCGAUCGAAUUGCCGAACGUUUAAAACUAUUAUAG